AUGGCGGAGGUGCUCCGAUCGAUGGCAUCCCUCCCCAUCAAGCCUCUGGACGGCGCCGGCGGCUACCUGCGGUGGAAGGAAUCGUUGCUCCUCCGCGUGCACACCCUCGGCGUCGCCCACGUGCUUUUCGAGGCCUGUCCCGCCGGCGCCGGCGCCGGCCACGAGGCCGCCACCGCCAAGAAGUGGGCGCGCGACGACGCGGUGCCGUCCUACUGGAGGGACAGGUUCGAUGAGUUCCGCUUCGACAGAAGCACCGGCGAUGUCUUCCUGGAGCAGCUCGCGCACGCGGAGGCUCUGGGCGCCGCCGCAGAGCUCAGCGAUGGCGCCGUCGCCUUCGGGCUGCGUAGAAAGAUCCCGGCGACGAUUAGCUUGGCCGUCACCCGUGGCAAGGAGUUGGAGUCUAUCUGGGAGGUCGCUCGGAGCGUCGUGUCGGACGGCGUGGAUCCUUGGAACCAGUACCGCGGCAGCGACGACGACGACGACGGUCCAAAACCUGAGCAGAACACGAGUAGCAGGAAGCGUGCCAUGUCUGAACACGUUGCCAGGCGCAGGGCUUGA